CACGUCGUCAUCCUUCACGCGUCCCACCUCCACUCUCCUAUAGAUCGACAACAUCACGGCCAUGACAACGCGCCAGCUGGUCUGGCGGUAGUACUUCCACCAUCAUGUCUUUGCUAACGAGCUCCGAGUUCCUCACGUACCAGCUGCGACUGGCUUACCUCCAAGCGGGUGAUGGCAUCGGCGAGAGGCUCAUCAAUCUCAACCCCGCCGUACUGAACAAUCCCGCCUUUCGCACUGCAGGAUGGGUGCCCGACGUCAAUGCUAUCAAGAGGUGCUACAGCCCACCCAUUCCCACAGGCACCUCCGCCGACAUCAGUAGCGAGUACUUCCAGCGCCCGCGUCGGCCCACGCGAGGUCAGGCCGAGGAAGAAGAUGGCAACGAGGGCGGUGGAAUGGUCACGGGUCAACCAGGCAGUGAGGACACUAUUGGCGCAGCAGGACUGCAUGACCACAGGAAACGCGAGAAGAGACGUCGAAGAGAGGCACUGGAAGACGAUGAUAGUUCGGAUCUGAGUGAUGACAGCGAUGAGGACGAGAAGGGACCAGCACAGAGUAUCAAGUUCUCCAAAAUGCCUAUUCGCCAUCGUGCCAAAUCAUCACCUCCCAGAGAGCCCAGCGCACUCAAGGCAGACAUCGAGAACGACGGUCCUGCGCUCAUGAUCACGAGUCCUUCCAGACCGCCCGAGACCAACUUCAGCAGACUACGCAGUGGCAGCAUGGGCCAGGUGGAAGCUGUCAAGCAAAGAGCGCGGAGAGACACCACAACCAGCUCAGAAAUGUCAAGCGAGAACGAUACUGUCGGUGCACCGAAGAAGUUCAAGAGAAAGAUACCGAGCAGGCCAGGAAAAGGUCCGAGUGUGCUGGCAUUGGAGGACGACAUCGAAGAGGAGGAAGCGGACGGACAGUCUGACUUGGACGAUGACGACGAUAUCGACGUCGGCGAGGCGUCUGACCUCAGCGACGAGUUCGAAGGUACUGCAGAAUCGCCAUCUAUGUUAGGUUUCCCCAAAGCAAGCGAUGACCUGUCGAGAUCACCUCUCAAGCCUCCUCCAGACAUCAUGCCAGCUGUCAGUGCCGGCAGCUCGUCACCGAAGAAGACGAAAGAGCCGCUACCCAGGCUUCCACGAUUGCCAUCUGGACCGAGACCGCUCAGCAUGCUACCCCAGCCUGUGUCGAUGAUCAGCAUGGCAUUGAAGGGCAACGCAAGUGGGUCUGCGGACAAGCCCUUUCAGCGCUUUGCAGAUCUUUCUGGCAAGGGCGAGGCCAGUCCGCUCUGGAUCAAAAUCUAUGCUCCAUUCUCAGAUAAGCCAACGAAGCCAGUCGAAGUGCCACUUCGCCGUACGAAAGAUGAUAGGCCUGUCACAGUAGCAGAACUGAUCGGUCUUGCGCUGUGGAGAUAUACUGAGGAAGGCUACAAACCAGAGCUGAAGCCGGAAGAGUGUAACAUCAACUGGUGGACGUUGAGAAUUGUCGAUGACGAGGAGAUAGAUCUCGACUUCCCAGCUCUGGGCCGCACACGACCAGCCAUUGACUUCACAUCCAACAACAACCGCCCUCCAAAUCGCAGAGCACGCGACAAGCCAUGGGAUGAAUUUGGUUUGGUGAAAGCCACGAAAGACCAGUUCAAAGAGAACGAAGCUCUGACUCCUCAAAUCGGCGACACGGCGCCUCCGCCUCUACCUACCCCAAAGCUUGAGGCGCAGAACCCUAUGCAGCGACCUACUGCACAGCGCACCGCGACCGAGACAUCACUGACACUGAAGCAACAGCCCACGUUCAACGCACGUCCCAAUCCGAUCACCGGUCCAUCGUUCGGUCCAAAUACGCUCCGCAAGGACACCUCCACUCAGUUGGCAGAUAUGCCUCAGCGAGAGGAGCGGCAAAACGCGGCCAAGAUUGGUGCUCCUCGCACAGUGACCAUUACUCACAUGAAUCCCGCUACCAUGGCAUCUCGUGUGGACAAAUACGAAACCACCACUGAUAGCUAUAUUGCUGAAGUGUUUGAGCAAGCAUGUGCGCGACUUGGUCUGGAGAAGGCGCUGUACAAUCUGAAGGUACACGGCACGCAGACAGUCGCUCCUCCAGAUCGCACAGUCGAAGCUCUGAAUGAGCGACUUCAUCUCGAUUUGGUCCCUCGUCGUUUCCAAGGUCCGGACGGCAUCCUCCUUGGACUGUCAGGUUCACCAGGCAGCUCAUCGCCCAACGCUCCGCUCGAACUCACGCCCGCUAAUGCCACUCCCGGGCAGCAAAAGAAGAAAAGCAAGUUCACACUGCACCCGCUGGCGGCACAACAAAAGUCGGAGCUUAACCAUACAACAUCGAUCCUCAACAUGCAGACCGAAGGCAAGCGAUACAAUGUACUGCGCAAGCAACCGCUGUCGUUCGCUGCUACGCAUCCGCGUACAUUGAUCAUUACCCCAGAAUACAUGACGAUCAUGCCGGCCGCGCCUGAUUCGCUCGCAGCACCAACUGGAAAGGUCACGAACGUGCCUAUGACUAGCGUCAUUGGUGCCAAAGUCAGUAGAAAGCACCCCAAGAUGGUGCGCAUCCUGGUCUACCGAGAGAAGGAGACCAAGCGCUACGACUUUGAAGCUGCGAAUCAUCGCGAGGCGGAAGAGAUUGUGGCUGACGUGAGACGGGGCAUGGAGGUGUUUGGGCAGGGCGCUUUCAUGGACUAGAAGUGCAGAAACAUGCGGUCAUGGCGAAAGUACGAUACUGUUGCUCAGGGAGUUGGUGUUGCAAAUGCGAAUGGCGUUGGAAAAGGGUAUACCCGGACAUCCUUGAGUGUCUUACUCACAACUUCGGUGUGAAGAUUACGACGGAAUGACUUUUCUUGUAAGACAGGGCACCAGCUGCUGCGUGGCUGGCUGAGGGGAGCAGGAUACUUCACUCGUUUGAUGGAAUAGAGUCGGCAUCCAAUGCAAAGGAAUGGGGAGAACCAUGUCCUCCAUACUAUGCACGUUACGGCC